CUCCAGGCGUGUGUGUUGGCGGUGAACGCUGCGGCCAUCCUCAACAACGACCGCUUCUUGGAGCGACAUGGCUGGGGUUUCUCACAGCUGGGAGGGGGCGCGGCAGGCACACACAGCCCAGGAGCCCUGAAGCAGCAGAUCAUCGGCGCGCUGCACGCCACCCAGUACCUACGAGUUCCUCUGGUGGUGGUCAACGUCAUCAUCAUCCUCGUCAAGUUGCUCUUCGGCUGA